CUUUAAUCCGUUUGAGGCCUGACAAUGGUUUUAACCCUAUGGGUGGACUUCGUCUAGACCUGUAAGGGGGUUAGACAUGAAACGGGUCAGUUUGGAGUGGCCUUUUAACUUUCCAUGCAGAAAAAUACCCUAAAGGUCCAAGGGUUUGUGGCUGAUCGUAACAUCACUACUUGUCACUCUUUGUGUAUUCCAUUUUGUAGUUCUUAUCAUUCAAUACGAAGAAUCCAGAAAUGUCUUUUGUUUUCAGAUGCAAUGGCAGAAAAUAUCAUGCCGGGGUUAGAGGCAAUAGCCCGGAGAUUGAGAAGAUUCGGUUGGUAGUUUUGGGGUCAUAACUCAUUUUGUGUAGCUUGCUAAGCUAAUUGUUACAUUGUCUACUUGUCUUAUUGAUGUUUUGAUUUGAAAUAUUUGAUUUUUUUUAAUCACGUAUGUGAUUAUAUAAACAAGCGUAUGUAAUAAGUUAUCCAUUUUGGUUUGUGCCUUUAUUCUUGUUUCAAUUACCCAAACUGAGGUAAAUUCUCGAUCAAGAUUUGCCUAUUUAAGAAAAAUAUAUAAACAAUUGUUUAGAAUCUCUGCUACAUAAAGCUUUUUUUGUUUUUAAUAAGCUUUUAAUAAUGCAUUUUUACAGAUUUUUGUAGGUUCCACAAGACUUGUAUAUAUGGUAUGAUUAUGAAUCUCAUGAUUGACAAAUAUGUGUGUGGAACUUCUGUAAGGUUAUAGAAUUACAUCAUACUGUACAUUACACAUGUACAAAUCAUACAAUACAGUCUACACUAUAAGAAUCGGUUCUUCACGUAAACUCUUGGUGUAAAUGAUUUUCGAUAAAUAAGUUUUCCAUUGAUGUUUCUUUUGAAGAAUCGAUGCGUUGUCGUUCCACGAGUGAGGAGUCCCAAAUUCUGCGAUCGAUAUUUUUCAUUAAUCUUUGGUUUGUUACUUUUUAAUAUGCAUUUUGUACGAUCUAUGAUAAAUGGUAUUUAAAUUCAUAGAAGUUACCAUUUUUGUUUUAAUUAGGUUUAUUCUUAAUACAAAAUGACAAAAAAUCCCAUCUUACGACAGUGAAAUGACCUCUGGGCAAUAAUUUUAUCCGUGGUUGUAAAAGAAUCAAGUACGAUAAGAAUGUUAAUAUAACAAUUUCUUAAUCUUUGCCACUUAAAUAUUAUAGUGAUAUUUUUUUCGAAAUCAUGGACGUGUAAAAGGAGAUCGAGUUAAUUAUUCAGCGAGAUAUAUAAAGUCUUGGAUAUUUUUGUUCUUGAUGUCACUAAAGGUUUUUAGAAUCCUGUAAGUUAAUGGACACCGAUUUUGCGAGUUUAUUGAUAUAUAAAAGGUCUUGUUCAUAUGGGUUGACUUGAAAUCAUGAAGUUAACAUGAGAAUGAUAUAUGCUGACAAACAAAACAUAAGAAUGAGGUUUACCGGGAAAAAGAAGUAAAAAAAGAAAUUAAGAAUGAAUCUCACUGGUCACAUGAAACCGCAUGAGUUUGUUAACGGUAGAAGAAAAGAAUGUAAAAGAUGAUAGUUAUAAGUAGGUAUAAGAACAGCAGAAAAGGACAAAUACGCUUUCACUAUAAGUUAGAUGGUAACACACCGUAUUGGUUGAAUCGCUUUGUGUUUCCGAUUUGCUUUCUCAUGUGAAAGAUAUAUGCUUUGAUCGACAAAAUAUUUUCUGCACGUUGUAUCAUUUUUUAUCUUUCGAUCUUAAAAUCGUGUGUAUGACUUAAGCUACGCUCAGGCCCGGCCAUGAAAAACUCUAAGAAAUAAGACGUAUUGUAUUUUUAAGCUACGUUCUACACUAAUGAUUAAUGAACACAUCAAGACUAGAACGUCGAAUUUCUAUAUGUAAUAAGUCGCUAACUGCAGAAAAUUUUAAGUCUAUGUACUGAAAUCUAAAAAUAAACUAUUUGAAAUCUCUAUAUACACAUAAGAUAUAUUUCAAAAAAAAAAAUCUCUAUAUACAUUCAGCACGUGAAAUGAGAAAGAAAAAGGACAAUGAUUGGGAAAAGGGAUCAAAUAUGUACUUUAAAAACACUUCUAUUACAUAUUUUUGAUAUAUUUAUACACUGAAAAUUUUAGUUAAAUUUAGACAUUCGUGAUAUAAAUAUGAGUAUGAUAAGUGAUAACUAAGACAUUCGUGAAAUAAGUCACAUUAGUUAACCUGUAAUACUCGUUUCGUUUUAUUGUAAAUUGGACCAUAUUGUCAAUCAUUCUAAUAAAUCAUAUUAAUUAAUCCAAUUAGUAAGUUUUAAAACUACAUUAGAUAUAUUGCUAUUGAAAUCUAUUGAUAUUACAUUUAAAAAAAAAAAAACUUGGACUAUGUGAGGUCAAUCCUGUAGUCCAAACUAAAAACACAGUCAACAUAUGAUGGUCACAUUUCUUUAAAUGGUUCCGAUUAUGACCAUCAUAUUUAUUUCAGUAAAAAUUUUACCAUAAAAUAAACCUUAAAAUCAAUGACUCAUUAGUUCUCACUAAUUUAUUUUCCUACUAUGAAAGAUACAUAAUUGGCAGUAGAUGACUAUUUGUUCUUUAGAUUUGUCCGAAUCUUCUUACAACCAUGAUAGAUAGAGAAAGCUUGGCCCCUAACAUCGAUCUCUCUCCAGCUUACAAAAGCCCUAUAAAUAGAUGUCUUGGUUGCCUUUGGUAUCAAACACCACUACAAAUAUCUCUCUUUCCCUAAGCUCACUUUAAAACCCACAGUUGUUUAGAAAGAGAAAGAAACCUUUACAAAAUAAAAAUGGAGAAUAUGGGAACUAGAGUGAUAGAGCCAUUGAUAGUGGGAAGAGUGGUCGGAGAUGUUCUUGAUAAUUUCACUCCAACAAUUAAAAUGAACGUGAGUUACAACAAGAAGCAAGUCUCCAAUGGCCAUGAGUUUUUGCCUUUAGCUGUCUCCUCCAAGCCUAGGGUUGAGAUACAUGAUGGUGAUCUCAGAUCUUUCUUCACCCUGGUGAUGACAGACCCUGAUGUUCCAAAUCCUAGUGACCCCUUUCUAAAAGAACGCCUGCAUUGGCUCGUCAUGAACAUCCCCGGCACAACAGAUGCUACAUUUGGAAAAGAGGUGGUGAGCUAUGAGCUGCCAAAGCCAAACAUAGGGAUACACAGGUACGUUUUUGUUCUGUUCAGGCAGAAGCAAAGACGUGUUAAGUUCCCAAGCAAUAUUAUUUCGAGGGAUCAGUUCAACACUCGCGAAUUUGCGAUCGAGAAUGAUCUUGGUCUCCCUGUCGCGGCUGUCUUCUUCAACGCUCAGAGAGAAACCGCAUCUCGCAGACGUUAAUUACGUCUAUGUCCAUCAAAUGCAUAAAAAAUGAUAACAUGUUUAUCUCUGUUCUUAAUUAUCCAUGUUUAUUUCUGUUCUAAAUUCCCGUAUUUUUAAUAAAAUAUUGUUUUCGUAUA